CUUGACCAAACCUCUGCUACCUUCCAGCGCCGCCUCCUCCCUCUCCAGCCUCCACCCCCACCGCCGCCGCCGCCGCCGCCGCCGCCGCUUCCUCCACCGCCAUGUGGCGAGACGAGGGGGUCGAGGACGAGGAGACCCUGAGCGCGUUCCUGGAGGCCUCCAAGACGCGGGAGGGCCGGGCGGCGCUCUCCGACGCGCUCGCCGACACGCUCCACCUCCUCCCGGCCUCCCCGGCGCCGCUCCUGCUCCUGCGCCUCCGCCUCCUCCGCAACCUCCUCGCCGGCGACGCGCUCAACCAGGGCACCUUCGUGCUGCUCUCGGGCCCCGCGGCCGUCGUCUCCGCCGCCCUCUCCCUCCCCGCCCUCUCCCCCGACCUCGCGCGCGCCGCGCUGCAGGCGCUGGGCAACGCCGCGCUCGGCGGGGACCGGCACCGCGAGGCCGUCUGGGACGCGCUCUUCCCGGGCGCGCUGCGGGAGUUCGCGAGGGUCCGGGACGCCGGCGUCCUCGACCCGCUCUGCAUGGUGCUCGACACCUGCUGCUCCGGCGACGGCGGCCGCGGGAGGGUCGAGGAGCUGUGCCAUGAGGACCUGGGGCUGCCCGUGCUCGUCGAACUCGUCGCCACCGCCUCCCGAUUGGGGCACAAGGAAGAAUGGUUGGAGUGGCUUCUCUUCAAAAUCUGUGUUGAGGAGGAAAAGUUUGAAGCCUUGUUUGCAGCCCUAGAUUCAACUGAUGGUGGUGAAUCUGGAAAUGGGUUCAAUGCUAACCAUGCAUUUCUUAUGGGUACAUUGUCAAAGUGUUUGACUGAACGACCUGAAGAAGUUAGUGUCUCGAACAGUUUCGCUCUUCAUGUUUUCAAUAUACAGAAGCAUGCUGCUGAGACUCUGGAUUUUACUUGCCGAGGUAGCUCUGAGCUUCCAACUGGUCUCCCUGGAAUUGAUGUCAUUGGAUAUUCAUUAGUGCUCUUGAAGGACAUAUGUGCUUGGGAACCCUCUUCAUCGGAGACUGAAGCACCUGUUGACUCGCUGUUGCAGGCCGAGCCCUCUUCAUUGGGGACUGAACCACCUGUUGACUCACUGUUGCAGGCUGGUCUUGUAAAACGCCUCUUAAAAUACCUAGGUGAGCUUGAGCCCCCAAGUACAAUCAGGAAAGCGAUGGCAAAGGAACAAGGAGAUCAACAGCCAGCUUUUGCAACUGCAAAGGUCUGCCCAUACAAUGGUUACAGGAGAGAUUUGGUGGCUGUCAUUGCCAAUUGCUUGCAUGGAAGGAAACAGGUGCAGGAUGAGGUUAGGCAGCUGAAUGGGAUUAUGUUACUGUUGCAGCAGUGUGUCAUUGAUGAAGGGAAUGCAUACUUGAGGGAGUGGGGUCUGCUAGCUGUGAAAUAUUUGCUUGAAGAAAACGAGGAAAAUCAGAAGGAGGUAUCUGAGCUUCAGAUGCAAGAACCUAUUCUAACUCCAGAGGUCGCAGAGUUAGGCCUAAGAGUGGAGAUCGACAAGAAAACGGGUCAUCCAAAGCUGGUCAAUUCCUCCUGAUGUAAAAACCUCCUAUCUUGUGAUUGGCAAUGCCUGGACUUACUACCUGGAUGCAUGUUUAACUUCAGCACAUGAUGAAGAUUUUUCACUUUGGUCCUGCCCUGUUUGAGACGAAAACCAGGAGAAACUUCCGCUGGUCAUGGUUCCUCUAGACCUCUCAUUAAGUACUUCUAGUUCUGGCUAUGACUACCAGAUGCAAUGUCUGUCAUUUUAAACUCUUGCGCUGGGCUAUGAUUACAGAUUCAAACAUUUUAUGUAGUGUAGACACUUGAAAUGUUUUUGGAUCCGAACCAUUAUGUACUGUCGCACAAACAGUGAUGUGGGAAUAGGCAUAUGGUUUGAUUGCCGUUU